AUGGGGUCACAGUGGCCGCCUUCCCCACGAGUGGAAGAUGAAGAAUCAGCACUGAAGAAAGAGGUCACGUAUGGAUCAGAAGGGAACAGCAAGGCCGAGUUCGAGGAAGCUCGUUGUCGGGGCAGCGUCGAUCAGUAUCCAAUUAUUCUUGACAGCAAUCAUGAGGCCGAGCCGAAAUGUGACUACACGUCAAGCACAGACAAUGACGGUGAAAGUGUUAAAGAUCAAUCGUCAGACGACAGUGAUGGACCUCCUACUCCCCAAAACUCGAAAGCUGGUCGAAAGCAUUCCCAGUAUCCACCAGCUCCUCCCAACUCCCGCUCUUGGUCUGACAAGGUGACUCCGCCUUCGACGACGGUGAAAGAGCCUAUGGAAUAUGUCCCCUCUCGCGGUCGCCCAGGCAUACCGCGAAUACAAACUGAUCUUGGUGGUGACUUGCAGGGGAUGAUUAGUGGCCGAAGACGAGCACCUUCACCGUACUCAUACACAAAGCCAGAAGCACCUACCAAAACUGACACAUCCAAACGGUUAUCUGGUAAUACACUCCUAUCGCCGAAACAUAUCGCUCCUAUUCAGGCAUCCCCCAAAGCUGAGAGCAACAAGCGGCAUUCCUCGGCUCGGCCACGAUCGAAGCCUAGGUUGAAGAGUGAUUUUGACGAUUCAUCCGAUAGUGAAAGAAGACAGCGACAUCAUUCCCGGCAUAGGUCAACACGUGAGACCUUUUCGCAACCUCUAUCCUCACCAGAGGAUGGGCCAAAAGAGGCUCCAAGAGCUGAGAGAAGGUCAUCCUAUUAUGCCUACGCUCGAUCAACCAAAGACGGACACUCAAACAAGGGUUCUGAGGCGGAGGUUUCGCAUCAUGCUGAGGCAAACGACCAACAAGGCAAGCGGCUUCCCAAAGAGUCACCUCAUACGUCAUCAGCAGAGGACUCAAGGUGCAAAGGUCGUCCAGUUUAUGUUUCAAGGUCGGACAAAGGUCUGUCAAAGGAAUCGUCGCAUGUCUCUUCCGCCGAGGAAGGCUCAACACGUCGCGGAGAUUCCUUGCGUACGCAGGGAUCCGAAAGCCAGAUAUCGCAGCAUGGAUCAUCUAGCAGAAAAGAGAGACCUCGACUGGAUUUGUCUGGCCAUAAAUAUUCUUAUUAUGGUGCUCCUAGCGAGGAAAAACGCGGUAGUGGUAGACAGAUUAAGCAUGGCAACCAUGUUCUCGACGGCCGACAUUAUCUUGAACCAUCAGCACUUCGCUCACCCAAAGCCAUGGAAGAAUAUUUAGAAAAAGCGUUCAAGGACAAGAAAGGCAGACCGUACAAAGAGUCACCUCAUCCCUCCCCAUCUGCCUCUCCUCGAGGCUCGCCUCCGCAGACACCUCCACAAACACCACGCGUCGAUAGAAGACCGAGGGACUACUUCUCCGUGGGAAUGUCUGAUACAUUGACAUCUUCGGAUUCAGUACGCCCUAGAGCCCCCUCCCGUGGCGAGAGCCAGUACAAUCAGAUCAAGCCCUUGGCAACUGUGCUUGCUGCUGCUGCUGCUGCUGGUAGUGCGAGAGCUGUGCCAUCUCUAUCACGAUCUUCUACGUCAUCAGCAGAACUACAUACUAGCGGCAUUCCUAGUAAACCAGCGAGUGGGCGCAGAUCUCGCAACACUUCACCGAUUCGCGAAGAAAGAGGGUCGUUCUCUCGACCAGGGCACGAGCAUGACAAAGGCAUCCCAAAAAUUGUAAGGGACGAAGAGCGCCCAGACUCGCGGCCAAUUUCCAGAUCUGGAUCGACAUCUUAUAUCUCACCAGCCAUGGCAUCGUUAAAUCGUUCUAGUAAUAGAACUGGCUCUUAUGCUCAGCCGCAAGUGGAUGUGCCUCGACUAAACCAUAGAGCAUUUUCCUACUCUGCUCCAGAAGACGCUCUUUACCUUCGCCAACCAAGCUCAGCAAGACUUGCACAGCUCAAUUCCAGUCAGCCGAUGACACCCAACUCUGCACCUCUGCCUACGAGGCCUCGGCUGCCUCGAUCGCCAUCAUCACCGGAAAAGACCCCGCGACACCACCAGUUAUCGGAACUGCCGCCUUGUCCUCGUUCGGUGGCACAAGCUGGUUACCACGAUUGGUAUACAGUCGUUGGCAUGCCACAGCUGGACAUCUGUCCUUCGUGUAUGACGGUACUCGGCGCUUCACGGUUUCGGGACAUGUUCACUCCCAGCACCUCCAAAGUGCCUGGCCAGCGAAUCCUGUGCGACUUUAGCAGACCUUGGGUCAGGCAUGCAUGGGCACAGAUCAUCAAACAACGUCGUAGUAGCCUAGAAAUGAUCUACCAGAUUGUUCGCAACUCGGAAACAACGAAGCCUUGUCCUGGAAAGGGCAGCGAUGUCAGAGCAUGGUAUCGGUUACCCGAUCCACAAACCGGCAACAACAUUCCGAAUUUCGACGCCUGUUCGGAGUGUGUGCGAUCCGUGGAAAUUAUCUUCCCACAACUGCGCGGCAUCUUCAAGAGAUCUGGUGCAUUGGUACAGGAGAGAACGUGCGAUCUCAACACGCAAAGUAGACGACAUGAUAGCUAUCUGAGACUACUGGAUGCAGCUGCUGUGCAGUAUGACGUUGAACGGCUGCGGGAGCCGGACAUCCAGGCCUUUGCAGAUUACGCUCGCAAGACUGCACGAGUGCGUGAAUGCACUCGUGAUGAUAUGGUGAUGGGACAGCUCUGGCACUUUAUUCCCAGCCUCCCCGAAUUGACCAUUUGCGAAGAAUGCUUCGAUCAAGUCGUCUGGCCUGUGGCAGAUCAGCCUGUUGCCAGCAGCGUUACUCGCACACUUCAGCUCGUACCUGGUGCAAACCACCACUCUGGCAUCAGCUGUCAGCUAUACAGUGAACGUAUGAGGAAGAAGUUUCUUGAGGCCGUCAAAUAUGCCGAUUUUGAAUAUCUCAAGCAAGUUGCCUCAAGGCGGCACAGUGUUGAGAGACUGUUGCAGGAGAAGCAUAAGAACCUGAUGAAUGAUAUGGCAACAGGGAAGGAUCGAACGGCCGAGUUGCAAGCAAAUAUUGAGGAGUGGAGGAAAUGGGAAUGA